AAAGCCUUGUGCAAUUCAACCCCAAUGACCAGGAGGUUUCUUUAACCCGUUCUUCUUGAGAGAUACACUGGGUUGGAAGGUCUGAAAAAAAAUGCAUUCUCUUCGCCGCGCUGCUUGUCGGUUGCUGGCUUCGCCGUCAUCGAUACCUGUUCGACCGCGAUUAUCGGCGGUUUCGAAUUCUCGUCGGUUUACGGUUCCUCACCGGACGGUACAGUUAUCGCUUCAGAGCAGGUGGAAUAGCGAUGAUGCGAAGGUGAAGGGGGAGGGGGCUGCAGCAGGCACUGUUGCCGAGAGUGAUAAAAAGGUUGUAAUAGAGACUGCGACAGAGACCGGAACGGAGACUACCGCACAGGCGGCUACGGGGACGACGGCCGGAACACCCGUGGAAGCUACUACGCAGACUACGACAGAGACCGUCACAGAGGCUGCUGUCACAGAGGUUGUAACAGAAACCCCUGCGCGGGCUACUCCGGAGACUGCCGCAGAGACAGUAACGAAAACCGCUACAGAGACUGCUACAGAUAUCACCCCCGCAACCUCCGCGCAGACGGUAACAGAGACCGCCACGAACACAACUGCAACAAUCGCCGUUGAUGAGGACUCAUCGUCGUUGGAGACCCACAUUGACCAGAUCAGAAAUGCAGCCGCUGAAGACAAAGAUGGCAUCGACCGUAAGCAACAGGAACUUGCUGAUGCUAUUGCCAUGAACGUGAAAAAGGAGAAGAAAUACAUGAUUGUCAAGAAUCAGUUUACCCCGAAGGAAACCAUUUAUAUUGGUAACCUCUUUUACGAUGUUACGCCGGAGGAUCUAAAGGAGCAAAUGUCGAAAUAUGGUGUUGUGGAGGAGGUGAAUCUUAUUUAUGAUAGCCGGGGCAUUAGUAAAGGAUUCGGCUACGUAAAUUUUGACAGCAUUUCUUCAGCGAGGCGCGCGAUCCAGGGCAUGCACAUGCGGAUUUUUGAGGGUCGUCGCGUCGUUUCGUACUUUGCGCAGAGCAACCUUCGCAGGACUGCAGCGCCCACCAACCCCUCCAAGACACUUUAUAUUGGCAACAUGGCAUUUGAGAUGACGGACCGUGACAUUAAUGGACUAUUCAGUGAUGUUGUUAAUUUGAUUGAUGUCCGGGUGUCUGUUGAUCGUCGCACGGGGCAGCCUCGGGGCUUUGCUCACGCUGAAUUUGUUGAUACCGAGAGUGCUCAGGCUGCACGCGAGAUCCUGAACCUGAAGGCGCCAUAUGGACGCAAGCUACGGGUUGACUUCAGCACCAGCAACCGGGAAGCGUUCCCCGUGGUUACUCCGAUUGGAGCCGCUGCUCAUGCUUAAUGGGGGACGAAUUUUGGGUUUGGGCUGCAUGCAUUACUUAGGUGUUUGGAUUGCUUGCGGGUUUUAUUAUAUGACUUGUGUAUAAUGGAAUUGUAUUAUAGAAUAGAUCAAAAACGAUAUAUCUACA